CUUUCGUUCAAUCUUCCAAAUUUCCUUCUCUCUUUUCCAAUUCACCUGCUUUCAAUCUGUUUUCUCGUAAACAAAUCCAGACAUCAAUUACUCUGAUUUGAUAUUAGUCUCAAAUCUUUUCUCCUGCAUUCUGCGUUUUUCGAACCAUUUUCAAAAUGCGAUUGAGUUGCAAUGGAUGUCGGGUCCUGCGCAAAGGCUGCAGCGAUAAUUGUAGCAUUAGGCCUUGUUUGCAAUGGAUCAAAAGCCCUGAUUCCCAAGCAAACGCCACCUUCUUUCUCGCCAAAUUCUACGGCCGUGCUGGCCUCUUGAAUCUCAUCAACGCCGGCCCCGAACACCUCCGUCCUGGGAUUUUUAGGUCGUUAUUAUACGAGGCUUGUGGUCGGAUUGUGAAUCCCAUUUAUGGUUCGGUGGGAUUAACGUGGUCCGGAAGUUGGCAGCUUUGUGAAGCCGCUGUGGAAGCCGUGCUAAAAGGUGCUCCGAUCACGCCUAUCGCCACGGAAGAUGCGGCGGAUGGUCGAGGGCCGCCUCUAAAAGCAUUUGACAUUCGUCAUAUUUCCAAAGAAGAGAACUCUGACGAUGUUGAUCGAGUAAAGAACCGGUGCCGAGUAAAGAGAACUGUGAAGCGGAAGGGGAAUAAUAAGAAGGUGGUAGAGGAGGAGAGCCGAAACGCGGAAGCCAAAACCGAGCCGCGUUAUUUUAGUGACGAGGGGAACCGAUCGACGAGUCACGAGUCUUCGCUGAGCCAUCAGUCCGAGCUGGCAGUUAUGGAUGGGGAAAGUAAAGAAACCGAGAGCAUGAUCUCGGAGGAAACGACUCCGGCCUCGCAACUGUUUCCGGAGGAGCCGGAUUUCGGAGGAAAGCUUUCCGAGGGGGAAAGCGGUGAGGUUGGGCUGGAGUUGACGUUGGGGGUUCGGUCGGCGAUUUCACGUGCGUGUCACGUGGUGGUGCCGGUGAAAAAACGGAAAUUGGAGGCAUACGACACGAGUGAGAAUGAUCGCACGUGUAUAGUACAGCUGGGGCUUGCUUAUCCGGCUUAAAAGAUAUCCUCCCUACUUUUAUGUAGAGUUUGGUCCAGUUUUAGCGGCUCGGUUUAGGCUUCUUUUUAAUCUCAUACAUAGAAGAGUUCUUUUUUGCCCUUUUAUAAAUAAAAAAUGUGAGAUGUACAAAUGUUAGGUUACAUGAAUACAAAUUGUACAUUUAUUUA